AUGCAUAAUAAUAAUUCAUUUUUCUAGAAUGACAUAAGUUAACAAUAAAUUGAUUAAGCCCUUUUGAGAUUGAAUGCGUUACUUAAGGAGGAACCUCCAAAAUUAGAAAAAUAAAAGUUUAAAAAACCAACCCUCAUUAAUUAAGAAGAUGCAUCAAUUGUAGUUUCAUCUUAACCUAACUAUACAUCUUAAACUAAAAUGACAUCUGAAUAGAUCAAUCAUUUUGUGGAAAGAAUGAAUGAUAAAUAUAAGCAAACUUAGAAUAAAAUUAUUGAGCAGAGGAAAGAUAAAAUAUAUUCACCUAUUAAAGUCAAUGAGAAGAGCUAAUCAAUUCUUAAAUAAAAAAAUCAAAAUGGCGAAUAUUAAUCAUUAUAUGAAAGAGCUAAAAUCAGGCAAAUUGAAAAAUAAGAGAAGAUUAAAGAAAAUGAAAAAUUGAAACUUUUAGAAGAAAUGAUGAGUAUUAAAAUAAAAUAAAGUGAUUCAAAAUCAGUAGAUUCAUUUUUACAGAAAGUUGAUUUUUGGAGAGAGAAGAAAACAUAAAACAUAUAGAAUUAGUAAUAAGAGAAAAUUUAGAAGGAGUUAGAAGGAGUCACAUUCAAACCAAGUCUUAAUCCAUUAUCCGCAAAGAUAGCCAAAAAAUAGUAUAGAGAUAAUGAUGUAUUAGAAAGGUUUCAGAAGUCAAAUCAAAACAAAUUGAUAAAUGAGUAAAGAUUAUUAAUGGAUGAAUUAAAAAAAACACCAUUUACACCAAAAUUAAAUAAGAACUCAGUUCUAAUUAACAAUUAAAUUUAAAAAUAAUCAUAAUCCAAAAAUCAUAACUAUUUUUUGAAGUAACAAACAGAGAAAUAAUAAAAGGAUACAAGUUUUAUUAAUGGAACUCGUCAAACUUUAAAAGAAGCUUAUAAUUCAAAAUAAUCAAGAUCCUUAACACCUGAUCGCAUUAGUUCUAAAUAUUCAACUGAAAAAAUAAAGGAUGAGAAUUAACCUAGAAAGAGAUCCACUACUCCAUUGAAAUAAAACAAAAUUAUCCCUAAUGUAUAAGAAGUAAAAUACAAUCCAAAUCUGAAGUUUUUAAUGACAUUAGCUUAAAAGGAAUUGAAUUAUUCAUCCUUAUUUUGA